CCGGCCCGGCCCAAGUCAGUCAUUCACCGGACUACCAGCCCACCAUACACACACCAAACAUGAAGGCCUUUAUUGUGUUCGCCUGUCUGGCAGUGGCGACGGCCCGCGCCGGAAUCGCACACGGUCCUGGCCUUGCUUACGGAGGAGGCCUUGGAGGCCAUGGCGGCGGCAUUGGUCUUGCCCUGGGCGGAGGAGGAGGUGCUAGCCUUUCUGGUGGACUUGCUGCCGGUGCUGGUAGCGCGAGAUCCCUUCAAGAGGGAGCGUCCAGUUUGGGAUCUGCAGCCCUCGGUGCCAGCUACGCCGCUGGAUCCGCGGCGGCGGCUGGAGCUGCUGGUGUUCAACAGAUCGUCUCUGGUGGAGUGACCGGUGGAAGGGCUGACAUUGGACCCGCCGAAGGACCCAAGGCUAACGUUGGACCCCAGAGCGGACCUUAUGACAGCGUAGGACCUCAAGAAGGUGCCAAGAACAUUGGUGGACCUCGUACUGGACCUGCUGGCCUUGUUGGACCCGCCACUGGACCAUUCACCUCUGUGGGUGCUUCUGCUGGUACCUCCACUCUUGUGGGACCGUCCCAAGGAACCGCUAACUUGGUAGGACCGUCCUACGGUGGAGUCGCUUUCUAUGCUGGAAGUGGUAACAUCAACGGUGACGACGGAAGCUCUGGCUCUGCUGCCGCUGCUGCGCCAGCUGGUCUUGGCGGUGCUGGUUUCGGUGGUGCUGGUGCCAUCGCUGUUGUGGGAGGAGGUGGUGCCGGACUCGGUGGUGGUCUCGGCGGACACGACGGUGGUGUUGCUGUGAUCAACGGACCGUCUGGCGCCAUCCACGCUGGACUCGGCUCCCACGGAGCUAUCUACUCCGGCAAGUACUAGACGUUCUAAGGCCCCAGCGAUCUCGGCUCGGCGACGGCGGCAAACCCACCACAGUCACUUACCGGUCUCAAACGAUCCUCAAACGCGCUCAACGUCUUCUUCCCAAAGCUUCGUCCAACCUAGGAGCAUGGUUAUUAGCGCCCAGCGUUAGUGGUGUAGUCGGUAUACAGUCGGAAUAAUUAUCACGCGAAAUCGCAAGGUCGAACGUCGGUAUAUACCGAGGUACACGGUGGAGCGCGUGUUUGAGAGCCCGACGUACUUGCUCGUACCCCCUGUUGUCAUCCACGAUCACGGGUUUAGAUCUCGGUAUAAAUAAUAUAAUAUAAUAAUAAUAAUAAAUAAUAUAAUAAAUAAUGAGAGUGUAACCACAACCGUGGGCCCCCGGCCAUUCGUGAUUCCGCGGUAACCCGUUUCGUCACAAAACCCUCUCUCUGCCGACGACGCGACUCGUCCCCAUCGUAACGGCGAGGCACGGGUAAAAUUUAGUCAAUUUCUAUUUCUUUCAUCAAUUGUAAUCGUGACAGAGGGAGUCGAACGGAGCUGCGAUUGCCAGCCAUGGUUGCAUUAAGACUCGCGACAACCGGACACCUUGUUGUCGCCGCACACGACGAGCCCCGUUUAUCAAUGGAUCGGCAACGCGUCGAGUCUCGUCGAGAGCUUUCCGUGUAAACAACUCCGAACCGCGCCUGGCACACGUUGGACUCGGCUGUUCCGCCAUGGACCCGGCAAGUGGACAAGCUUUGGCGCUUCGUCGUUGGACCAACUGGGUCUGUUCUGUUUUCUGAACACCCACCGUUGCUCCCGGCAGUAUCUCUGUCCCUUCUCUAUUUUUUUUUUUACAUUUUUUUCUCUAUCGCCACUUACGUCUUCCACCAAAAAACAGCGUAAGGUCGCCGCUCUUCACACACAUAUAUUUACUAUUCUCUCUCUUUUUUUUUUUAUUCUUCUCUUCUCCCUCUCCGUUGAGCCGCGGACGAUCGACUCCCACGAGCCGAGCGGCCCCGCGCGCUCACAAGUUGUUAUACUCACUGCCGCACUCAAGCAUACAUAUUAUUAUUACAUUACUCGUCUCCAUGCGCAUAUAUGUUUUCUCUUUAUAUAUAUACAUGUAUACAUACUAUUACUACUACUUCCUGCGCGUAUAUAUAUAUAUAUAUGAAACACAUUUGCCACACGCGCGCACACACACUAUCGCUAUAUGUGUACUCGUAUAUAUACACACACUACACAUUAUAUUAUAUAAUCGUGUUAUAUGUUAGUCGAAAAGAGAGAGACCGGUAGAUUAUGGUAGGUCAGCCCUUCCCGUGAAUGAAUCAAUGUAAAUAGAUGGUGCGCCGCUGCCGGCCCCCGACCCCGCCCGCCCUCGUCAUACCCUUUCUUUGCGAUCACGACUAGCACCCCACCACCACCAUAGAUAGAUACCACAUAUUUAUAGCGUUUAUACAUUUAUACAAUACUUUAUAUAAAAUAAAGCAUCAGUAUUUAAAACUCA